GGGCGCCUCCCUACUGCCUCCGUUAUCCCGAGUAUCGGUCUGACGUCAUUUCCGGAUCACCUACGGCGCCCGGCCUCCCCCACUCCAUCCACUGCUGCCUCACCCAUUCCGCCUCACCAUCCUCCCUUUCUCCAAUGCCUCACCUCAUCCAUAAUCAAUCUUCCUAUGACUCACCUUCCUCAUCCUUCCUUCGCUGCCUCACCCCAUCCAUCCUCAAUUCACACGUGGUUCGCCCACCUCAUCCUUCCUUUGCUGCCUCAUCACAUCCAUCCUCAAUUCACCUAUGGUUCACCUACCUCAUCCUUCCUCCGCUACCUCACUCCAUCCAUCUCUAAUUCACCUAUGGUUCACCUACCUCAUCCUUCCUCCGCUACCUCACCCCAUCCAUCCUCAAUUCACCUAUGGUUCACCUACCUCAUCCUUCCUCGGCUAUCUCACUCCAUCCAUCUCUAA